AUAAAAUAAAUGCUAAUCAUUCAUAAAUUACAAGCUUAUCAAUUAGACUGAUAAAUGCACCUCAACAACUUAUUUUAAAUGCUCUGAGUGAGCAUGAUUACAAUGAGAUUCAUAUUCCAUAAAAUAAACAGAAAUAUGCAGAAAUAUGAGUACAAUAAAAGGAAUGUAAUAUUUUAUUACAUACAUGACCAAAAAAGUCAAUCAGAAACUAGAUUUAUUUGUCCUUCAAAACAGGUGUUGUUGACAGACUACGCAUGGCCCAAGAAAAAAAGAAAGCCAGGCAGUUCAUCAAAACUGUCAAUUCCAGCUAAUACAGCACAAUAAGAAUAACCAUUCAAAUGCUACAGCAUGAGUAAAUCCUUAUUUUUCAUUCAUUUAAACUCACAUUUGUAUUAUUAAUGUAUGAUUACACUAAUUAAUCACAUUCACUAUUGUUCACACUAAAGAUUUUUCAAAUCCUUCACUGGACCAGUAUUUGGUUUUGUAUGUUACAGGCUCAGAUCUCAUCCAGGAUAAACAUUCUCAUCACACCAGCAAAACUCUUUACAACUCAAGUGUUGUGGAUCAUAGGCUAUCCAGGCUACUGAAAUCCCUGAGACAUAUUUCAUGUAUCAGCUGAUCCAGGCAGUCCAACCAUGACAAUGACCUGUGCAGAUUUACAGCAGAUAUUUGAUGACACCCCUUAAGGAUUGUGAAGGAAGAAAAAGCAAUGUCUCUCUUCUGUACUAAAAAAAAGAGGUGUCCAGACAGACAGUGGUGUCAUCAAACUCUUCGUCCUCCUCCUCCAGUGGCGGCUGGGGAGACUUUGCCCUGAGAGAGUGACCAAAAAGAUCAUAUUUAAAUUUGUGGCCAUUCAAAAUAGAUGAGCCUGAUUAUAAAAAGAUCACAAUUUAUGCUGGUUUACGCUAAAUAAGCUGAAUAAGGAGACGAAAGAAAGUCAUACACAUCUGGGAUGGCAUGAGGGCGCGUUGCGAACAGUGGAAGAAAAAUGGAAGAGCAAGUGUUCAGCCCAUUGUAAAAAGGGGCCACGGUUUGAUCCUGUAAGGCAGCAGAUGCCCUAACCACGCCCCCACCCUAAUCCUAACCAUAUGGAGCCUAGUAGGCAGUGGAGCCUGCCAGGAACAACGGAUGGCACCUUUCUCCCAUCGCGAAGUGUUUACGUUUCCUAGCGACCAGUGUAUCCAACAUGGCAGACAAGUAUAACGCAGAAACCAUUAUAUCAGAGACCCAUAAGAAGAUAGGAAAGGCUUUUGACGUAUUUGACCACGAAUCCAACAAGACUGUUGAUGUUAGAGAAAUAGGCACCAUUAUCCGUUCACUUGGCUGCUUUCCUUCUGAAGCUGAAUUGCAUGACAUUAUUGCGGAGCUAGAAGAAGAUGAGCCCACUGGGUUUGUACGCUUUGAGAAAUUCUUACCAAAUAUGACUAAGAUCCUGCUGGAGCGCAAGUUCCGUCCAAUUAGAGAAGACUUGCUCUUGCAGGCCUUUGAGGUUAUAGAUCAACAGAAAAAAGGACACUUGGAACCAGAGGAAUUGACCAAAUAUUUAACACAAGAAGGAGAACCAUUCACACAGGAAGAGAUGGAAGAAAUGCUGUCAGCAGCCGUUGAUCCUGACAAAAAUGUCAUUUUCUACAAGGACUUUGUGAGCAUGAUGAUCUUCGAUGACACGCGAUGAUGGUUGACCGCUAAAGGAGAAGGUUCAUGAGAUCAAACAAUCAAUAAAGGAGAUCAUCUCAGUAACUAUAAAUAAAGAUGUCUUUACACAUUAUAUACUUUAUUGU